AUGUCGUCCGAACCCCGCCGCGCGCUUUCCCUCGCGAACAUCAACCCUCACGUCAAGGAGGCUCAAUAUGCCGUACGUGGCGAGCUAGCCGUUCGUUCGGAGGAGUACCGUGCGAAGCUGGCAAAGGGUGAGGGUAAAGACCUGCCCUUCGACACAGUCAUUGCAGCAAACAUUGGCAACCCACAACAGCUGGAUCAGAAGCCCAUCACCUUCUUCCGCCAGGUUGCCAGUCUUUUGGAGAACCCCUUGUUGUUGGAACAUGAGGAGACAUUCGUCAAGAGUCUGGGCUACAAGUCAGAUGUCUUUGAGAGGGCGAGGUGGUUGUUGAAGGAGAUCAAGAGCGUUGGAGCAUACAGUCAGAGUCAGGGUGCACCAGGCAUCAGGGACAGCGUCGCGAAAUACAUUGAGCGACGAGAUGGUUACCCCUCGAGCUUCAAGGACAUCUACCUCAGCAAUGGCGCCUCCUCCGGCGUCAACACCCUCAUGCAUGUCAUCUGCGCCUCGCCCAAGACUGGUGUCAUGGUGCCCAUCCCCCAAUACCCUCUCUACACCGCCACCCUCUCCGUCCUUAACGCCAAAUGCGUUCCCUACUACCUCGAAGAAAGCCAACAAUGGGGCACCAGCCUAGAGGCCAUCCGCACGUCCUACGACAAGGCGAUAUCAGAAGGCACUGACGUCAAGGCCAUUGCCAUCAUCAACCCUGGCAACCCUACCGGCGCGUCUCUUCCUGUCAAGGAUAUCAAAGCCGUCCUCGAGUUCGCCGCCGAAAAGCACCUCGUCGUCAUCGCCGACGAAGUCUACCAAACCAAUGUCUUCAUCGGCGAAUUCAUUUCCUUCAAGAAAGCCCUGCGCGAUCUGCAGAAGGAGCAGCCGGGCAAGUUCGACAACCUCGAGCUGGCGUCACUGCACAGCAUCUCCAAGGGCAUGGUCGGCGAGUGCGGCCACCGCGGCGGCUACUUUGAGCUAAUCGGCUUCGACCCUGAGGUUGCGCAGGAGAUCUACAAGUUCAUUAGCAUUCAGCUCUGCCCACCGGUUAUCGGGCAGUGUAUUGUUGAGCUCAUGGUUAACCCGCCGAAGGAGGGCGAGCCCAGCUACGAGCUGUAUAAGAAGGAGUAUGAUGGUAUCUUCAACGGGUUGAAGGAGAGGGCGUAUGCGCUGUAUGAGGCGUUUAAGCAGAUGGAGGGUGUAGAGUGCGACAAGCCUCAGGGCUCCAUGUACCUUUUCCCCACCAUCAAACUCCCGCAAAAGGCCGUCGAGCAAGCCAAGAAGGAAAACCGCUCGCCCGACGAAUUUUACUGCUUCCGCAUGCUGGACGCGACGGGCAUCUGCGUCGUUGCAGGCAGUGGAUUCGGACAGAAGGAGAACACGCUGCACUUCAGGACGACGUUCCUUGCGCCGGGAACGGAGUGGACGGGCAGGAUUGUCAAGUUCCACAAGGAGUUCAUGGAGGAGUUCAAAUGA